AUGCCUGCUGGCAAUGCGGCUGGGCCGGCGACGAGUGGUGCGCCGCCUCAUCUGUCGCGCAGCCGCUCCAGCGGUCGAUCAGAGGACACCGGCGGGAGCCAGACGCUGACAGUUGCCCCCAGCACUAUCGCCACCACUGCCGUACCAGUGGUUGCUGGUGGUGGUGGUGGUGGGGGCGCAGCUCCUGGGGCUCCUGCAAAAGGUAGCUACAAGACCUCCGCGGUGCGGGCUCGCCAGGCAGAGCGUCACAAGCAAGAGGCACUCACUGCCGCGACGAGUCCGGCGAUGGCAGGACGUCGGGCGGCUGUGUGGGUUGAGCAGUGGGACCACGGCUCUCGCGCUGUCCGGCUUCGUAUCCUGGAGGCUUUUCUUCUUCUUCAUUCCUCCGGCAACAUCAGCAGGAUUGAAGAGGACUUGGGCGACUCCUCCAUGUUAUUUUUCAUGCGUAUUACGGCAUGGUUGCGGCUGACGUGUAGGCUGAGUUAUCCGCUGCGCCCUCUACUCGCUGCCAUAUCACUGUUUGUGCGUGGCGUGCGCUACCUAACGUGUCUCAUGGAAGUUGGGGCCGCGCAGACCCUUAUUGAUACAUUGGCGACGUGCCCGCUCUCCGUAAAGGACCGCAGCGAGAUUGCGCUUCUCCUGUUGUACAUGGCGAACGCGGGUCGGGUGUAUCGAGAGAUGCUCUGCGACGAUGAUGGUGUGUUGUUGCUGCUGCGGGCGAUGCAACGCGAGGAGAACAACGACGUUCUUGACUUCUUCGCGGCUCUCUUUCUUGUUCUUGGUGAAGGCAACAACCAGGGUGUGUCAUCCUCCGUUCAGGCCGGCCUGGUGGAGAUGAUUCUUUCACCGGAGACUGCGACGGAGGCGGCACUCCAGGCUGCGCGCACGUUGCGCACGUUUCAGUCGUCGCGGUAUAAGGCGUACACCGAUGCGAUUACGCGGGACGUACUGGAGGAUGACGGCUCAAUGCCGGUUGUUACGAUGGGGAAGAACGGCACACUGGAGAGCGUCAAGCGGCUGCUGGACGCGUUCUACUCCCUGCUGUUCCACGAGGACCUGCGGCUGCGCGUGGAGGGAACGGAGCUGCUUACGAUGGUGGCGAGGAACGUUCAGCUCACUGGCCCCAUCCUGACGCGCUGCUUCGACGUGGUGGACGAGGACCGCCUCGCCAUAGAGGCAGAGGACAACCUUAGCACCGCCAUGACAAUCCGGCGCCACCAGUUGUCAUUCGGCUGCACUGCCGUCAACAUCAUCCUUAUUGAUUCUAACUGCGAGGAGCGGCAGCGGUUGACGCUGGAAAUCAUUGCGCGGCGGAGCGCGCACUUCACUCUGCUCAAGUACCUGCGGCUGCUAGACAACGGGUACGUCACCUCCGUGCUUGACUGCUGCCGCGCACUGCAGCUUCUGUGCCGCGGGGCCCUUCUGCAGGAGCGAACCCCGGAGGGGGACAGCGCCACUGCGGUCGUGUCGCUGGAAAAGGUCGCCAACCACAUCCGCGAUGUGGUCGGGAGUACACUGUACAAUGUGCUGCUGUAUGAGGAACUCACAGAAGGCGAAGCCGCGUCGAUUGUUCGCGCUGUCACGUCGUCGGAGUUGCAUAUGUAA